AUGUUGUCGGUGUCGGGUGAUAACAGUUCGGACGCUGCUGUGGGUGCCACCGGUUCAGCGGCUGCCGCCUUGGGCCCUGCUGCCGCGUCUAGCGCCAUGUCGGGCACCCGGCGAGGCGCAGCCUACACCAUCGACAGCAUCCUAGGACACCGGAGAGCGCACGAUGGCGUGGAGUUGAAGACGGAGGGCGGCGCCCAGUCUGACUCCGAGCUUGAGCAAGAACAAGAACAAGAACAGGAGCACGACCAUGAAGGCGAGGUCGCACACACGCAUGAAGGAGAGCAUGAUCACAGCGAGCAUAUGGACUCCCUCGACGUCGGAAGGCCGCGCAAGCAGGUGCGUCGCAGCCGUACCACCUUCACGACGUACCAGCUCCACGAACUGGAGCGGGCCUUCGACAAGACGCAAUACCCGGACGUGUUCACGAGGGAGGAGCUCGCUCUGAGGCUAGACCUCAGCGAGGCUAGGGUACAACGCAUUGGACGGCGGGUUGCGGUGAAGGUGUUGCCACACCCGCGCGGGCACUCCCCGCGCCGGACGACAAUUAACAUUAACGACAUUGUGCGGCCCCGCCCGCCGCCCCCACCGCGCGAACCGAAGCGAUACAGUGUGGUUAUAGCU